AUGCCUCGCUCCACCCUCGUCGUCGCGAGUGCAGUCCUCGCACUCCUAUCUCCCCUCGCCCAGGCCAAGAUCAAGAGCGAAAUACGCACGUACCUCUUCACCAGCGACGACUGCAAUGGACCAACUAUCGGCGGCAACGAGGACCUCAAGCCCAACAAGUGUCACGACAUCGUCAGCGGCGCCAACAGCAUGAGGCCUUCCACGAACAAGCACCAGGACUGGCUCAACCAGAUCAACCUCGGACAGCAAGAGUGCUGGGUCGCCACAUACAAGCAUCAUGGCUGCGCAGGCUACCCAUCAAUUGCCGAAGGACUCCCUGGGGCCAUCGAUCAGUGCUUGUCACCACCCGAACAGUUUCUCUCCAUGAUGUUUGGAUGUCGAGACGCGAAGUCAGAGAACUUUACGACUACCGUCGUGGUGACACCACCCACCAUCGUUACCGUAGCUCCGCAGCCGAUCUCAACUUCCUACAUUACGGUAGUUGAACAACCGGCCUCAACCACCAUUACCGUAAUUGAACAACCGGCCACAACCACCAUUACGGUAAUUGAGCAAGCGAAGGAUACCAUUACCGUCUAUCAGCAGCCGAACAAUACCAUUACCGUCUAUCCGCAGCCGAUCACAACUUCCACCGUGGUCACCGAGGUUGGGAUUGUUGGCUAUCUCACGACAUGGAUGCACGCCGGCAGCUCCUUUACCAACUACGUCUCUACUAUCUUGACGACUUCCACCAAGACUUUGUAUUCUACGAAGAGGACCGUCCCCACCUCCAUGGUGACUAUCAUGCCGACCUCCAUAGAGACUAUCACCCCGAUAGAGACCGGAACCGUGCUUCCUAGCUCUCGGCCCCAUACCGUAACCGCCUAUGUCGAAGACAGCCACUACCCCCGCGAGCGUCGCUCCGACCCUCAGCCCGAGGCCCAUGCUCUGGAGCCACGCCGCAGGAGCAAGUGGAAGGGCCCUCGGAUUGGUGUAUGGAUGAAGCACCCUUGGUCUCAGGCGGUCAUUUGCUACGAAUGCUACGCCAAAGCUCAUGACAAUCUGUGGAAGUUCGAGUGCCGCUCUGGACCGAACAACCCCGUCUCAUGCGAGGGCCCGGUACCUGAUCCCAACGAAACCGUCACCAUCACACACACUCCAGAUGUCACGGUAACCCAGGGUGCAGCGAUCACCAGCAUGUCAGUCGUUACAGUAACGGCUGGGCAUGCGAUUACAACGGUCGUCGGCGGCAACCCAAUUCAGCCAAUGCAGACCAUUACGCUCGGCCAGAAGGAAGCCGAUCUGGAACGCCGCUCAUUCCACAGGGCCGUCAGACUCACCCACCCGUGGUAUCCUAACACAGAGAUGUGCGCAGAUGCUGAAUGGGAGGAGCGUGGAUCGAAGGGGUCAGAAGUCCGAAUCCAAAAACCCAAGGAAGACAUGAAGAAGUGCACCCCGAAGCAGCAAGUGCAGUUCAUCGACGCCAAUCCAGAGACGAAGACCAUCGAACUCCCUUACUCUACUGUCUCUGUGAUCUUUAGCACCUCCACGGUUUAUCCUCCGGCUAUCGUCACCGUCGCUCCUCCGUCCGUCGUCACGGUCAUUGGCUCUCAACCCGUGGUUACUAUCACCACCAUCUCGGCUCCUCCCAUGGUCACCGUUACGACUAUCACCGCACCGCCGUUAGUCACCGUCACUCAUAAGUUCCCUCCUGCAGCCGUCACCACAACCAUAAUCGCCGCCCCCGAGCCACCUUGCACCACCGAACCCUACUCCAUCACAACCGUCUACGUCGACCCCGAGCCACCCUGCACCACCACCCCCGCACCUGUUUUCAUUAAAACCGUCACCGUCGCCCCCGAGCCACCCUGCACCACCACCCCCGCACCUGUUUUCAUCAAAACCGUCUUCGUCGACCCCGAGCCACCUUGCGAUACGGUCACCGUCGCCCCCGAGCCACCCUGCGACACGGUCACUGUCGUCGGGAGAUCUGCGCCUACGCCCUACACCACCUUCUACUCAAAGCGCCAGCAGCUGCGCGAUCUCUGA